AUGGAGCUUCCUGUAGGGUCUGGACCUCUGUCUUUAACAGACUUUAAAGACAACUUUAACUUUAUAACAUCAGUCAAUUUGUCCCUUUUUGUUUUGACUGUCAAGCUAAUUGUUACUGGACCCUUGAAACCAGAAAUUACCAUAACUUACAUUGCUGUUUCAGCUAUAUUCUUUAACAGUGGAGUCUCAUUAAAAACUGAGGAGCUGACAAGUGCUUUGAUGCAUGUGAAACUACACCUUUUUGUCCAGAUUUUUACACUUGUGUUCUUCCCAACAGCAAUCUGGCUCUUUCUUCAGCUAUUAUCAAUCACACCUAUAAAUGAAUGGCUUUUAAAAGGCUUGCAGACAGUAGGCUGCAUGCCACCUCCUGUGUCUUCUGCAGUAAUUUUAACCAAAGCUGUUGGUGGAAAUGAGGCAGCUGCUAUAUUUAAUUCAGCCUUUGGAAGCUUUUUGGGCAUUGUUAUAACUCCACUGCUGCUUCUGCUUUUUCUUGGAUCAUCCUCCUCUGUGCCUUUUACAUCUAUAUUCUCGCAGCUGUUUAUGACUGUUGUAGUCCCUCUUAUUAUUGGACAGAUUGUCCGAAGAUACAUCAAGGAUUGGCUCGAAAGGAAGAAGCCUCCAUUUGGCGCUAUCAGCAGCUGCGUGCUCCUGAUGAUCAUCUACACAACGUUCUGUGAUACUUUCGCCAAUCCAAAUAUUGACCUUGAUAAAUUUAGCUUGAUUAUCAUAGUGUUUAUAAUAUUUUCUGUUCAGCUGAGCUUCAUGUUUUUGACUUUCCUCUUCUCUACAAGGAAUAACUCUGGUUUCACACCAGCAGACACAGUGGCUAUCAUUUUCUGUUCCACACACAAAUCCCUCACCCUGGGGAUUCCAAUGCUGAAGAUAGUGUUUGCAGGGUACGAGCACCUGUCCUUAAUUUCCGUCCCCUUACUCAUCUAUCAUCCUGCUCAGAUUCUUCUUGGCAGUCUAUUGGUACCAACAAUAAAAUCUUGGAUGGUUUCUAGGCAAAAGGCACUGAAGUUAACCAGGCAGCCCAAAGCACCCGUGAAGGUAUAACAGUGGAGGUGGCCUGUGUCACAGUGAAUGUAUAUAUGUACUAUACUGUACACACAGACAAUUGAGACAACUGGAUAUCUGUGAAUGUUGCUUUAGUGCAUAUUUUAUUUUUA